ACGGCCUACGUGAUGUGUACGGCGCGCAUCCUCCAUCGUUGAUAAAUUGGCUCGAAACGACUUGUUCGAGUCAACCUUUUCAAGGGUUUCUCAGCCUCACAAGGGCGAAUCAUUACCACUGGUUUUAUUUCGAAGCCCAGAAUGAAAACGAGACUCCGAGUGCGACGAGUGUACAAGUGGCAAGGAGAACCUUUGAGAUUCGACAGGAAGCUGAAAAACUUUGAAUACGGCUCUUUGGUCAUCAGUGUGGAGGGUCUACCCAGGCCCAACAUCAUUAACGCUGGUCAAUGCAUUCUUAUUGAGGGUGAAGAAGAGGACAACCCUUAUGUGGCUCAAGUUAACAAGCUGAUUGGGGACGAGAGUGGGAGGCAGAAGAAGGCCAUGGUCCAGUGGUUUGUCCGUGCAUCUGAAGUGCCUGUGAGCAAACUGCCACUACUGGGUAGAGAGCCGCAUCCACAGGAAGUCUUUUACUAUCAGGGACGAGGCUGCAAUGAAGAGGUCAAUGCCGAGUCCAUCCUCAGACCCGUGCAGGUGAAGUAUCUUGAUGGACCAGCUCCCUUCCCAGACUCCAAUGAUAAAGAUGUGCUCUAUGUGAAGUUGUCCUGGGACACCAAGACUUUCAAGAUGAUGGACUCCGCUGUAUUGCCACCUUCCACCCCUCCUAGCUGUCCCAAACCCUGCCACCCCAAUUCAUUUCCCAGCUCACCGGCUGCGGCCGCUCCCGCAUCUCGAAGAGUGAACCGACGAGCUUUGUCUACACCUGGCACCGCUGUCAUACAACGGGCAGCUUCAGCGAAUCUCCGAUACGCCGGCGACACCAUGAGUACAGGAAAGGUUUGCCUGGAGGCCGAGUCACUCCACUCAGCCACCAAACUGUCCGCUUCAAAAUGUCUAAGCACCAAGAGAAGGAAUGCGGCAGCCAGGACGCCAGGAGUCCGCAAACGGCUCGAGCUCUGCAGUCCAGAGAAGAAGUCAAUGCCUUUCAGUGAUGUCUUGAGUCAGCUACUGGAUGAAGAGCUCGAGUCAGAGGUGGAGUUGGCCCAGAGGUUAUUGGCGUCUCCACCUCUGGUGCUGCAUCCCACCUACAGCCUAACCCCACGCCGGAAGUUGCACAGAGCACCUGCCGACGCAGAUUCUCUCUCCCAAAAGCCCUCCGUUUUCAUGAUGAACAAACUGUCUGCCUGUGAGACAGACAGUCCUCCAUCUAAAACCAGAGCUUUUUCAUCCACGACCGAAGUGGACAAUGAGAACUCUCCAAUGCUGCUAGUUGCCGCAACACCAAGGAGCUCAAAAAGGAAGUCUGCUCAACUAGUGUCUGCUAGGAUCAAAAAACAAUUAAGUCUUCUGGAUGACCAGCAAAACGAGGACUCAAACACAGAAGACGAGGAAGAGUUUGCUCCAUCAAAUAAAACACUAUGUAGUAAAAGUGAGGAUGAUAAACUGAUUCACGGUGAUGAAAAGGUACUAGUAAAGGAACAGGUUCUCGCAGGGUCUCGUUCGAAGACAACUCUGUCUUCAACCAGGACGCCUCGCAUAACACCCAACAAGAAGGGAGCAACCAAUACACCACGGACUCCUGCCACUCCCAUAAUUCCCAGCAGGUUGAUGCCAGCCCGACACCCCACCAACAUAUUGGAAGUGGCCAGAACAAGGCUACACGUGUCAUCGGUGCCCGAGUCUCUACCGUGCAGAGAGCAGGAGUUUCAAGACAUUUACAGCUUUGUGGAGAGUAAAAUAAUUGACGGCACAGGAGGGUGUAUGUAUAUCUCAGGUGUGCCAGGGACAGGGAAAACUGCAACAGUGCAUGAGGUGAUUCGCUGCCUGCAGAAUGCAGCAAACAUUAACGAGAUCCCAUCAUUCCGCUUCAUCGAGAUCAACGGUAUGAAGAUGACGGACCCUCAUCAGGCCUAUGUUCAGAUCCUUGAGAAACUAAUUAGUCAAACGGCUACAGCUGAUCAUGCAGCUUCCCUACUGGAGAAGCGAUUCAGCAACCCUGCUCCCAGAAAGGAAACCACUGUGCUGUUGGUGGAUGAAUUGGACCUCUUAUGGACCAGAAAGCAAAACGUGAUGUAUAACCUUUUUGACUGGCCAACGCGUCGGCAUUCUCGCCUGGUGGUUCUGACCAUCGCAAACACUAUGGACCUGCCAGAGAGGAUCAUGAUAAACAGAGUGUCCAGCAGACUGGGUUUAGCCCGGAUGUCAUUCCAGCCUUAUGGAUUCAAGCAGUUGCAACAGAUCAUCAUGUCCCGGUUAAACAAAGUCAAGGCCUUUGAGGAAGAUGCUUUGCAGCUGGUGUCCAGGAAGGUGGCUGCUCUGUCAGGUGACGCUCGUCGGUGUUUGGAUAUCUGUCGCAGAGCCACUGAGCUCUGCGAACACUCUGCUGCCAACACUUCCAUCACGAGAUUGGUGGGGAUGAGUCAUGUGAUGGAUGCACUCGAUGAGAUGUUUUCCUCCUCCUACAUCACUGCCAUCAAGUCUGCUUCAGUGCAGGAACAGCUCUUCCUUCGCGCUGUCAUUGCAGAGUUUCGGCGGUUGGGUUUGGAGGAAGCAACCUUCCAGCAGGUAUUUCUACAGCACCAGGCUCUGUGUCGGGUGGAGGGUCUGCAGUCGAUCGGCGUAUCGGAGGUUCUUGCGGUCUGUCAGCGCCUGGGAGCCUGCAGGUUGUUACUGCUCGAGACGAGUCGCUUCGGUAUCCUGCAGCGCGUCCGCCUUAAUGUUAGCCAAGACGACAUUCUCUAUGCCCUGAAGUCUGACUGAAGAAGUGAUUCUCUUUAUUUUUUUUAUAUUUUGUCAGAUGAAGUUGAGCUUUUUAAUCGUCACAUCUUGCCUUUGCCCAACAUGAGCGAGGCUGUAUUCUUGCAUCAACAAAAAAUUGUUGUAGUUUGCCCACAGAUAUGUUUUUACUGUGUAAUUGCAAGGUUGUAUUUUCCUCCUGUUUGUUACAAUGUGAUUUAUCCUUACUGGUUUGUCUUUUCGUUGAAUGAAACGUUUCUUAAUAAAGUUUACAUGUGUUUA